AUGGUGUUGUUGGGGAGGGGCCCGCCCAGUGCUUUCCAUUUUGCCUGCAGCAACGGCUCCGUAGCUGUGUUGUUUGCUGAGCGGAAUCUGUCCUUUGUGCAGCUGGACCGCAAGACUGUCACGUUGCACUGCCUGUCGCCAGCAAACCUGGUGACCGUUAAUGGGGCGCCAGUGGCCAAGGACAGCAAGAUGCAGGUUCGUGGGGGUGAUGAGAUCAAUAUCAUGGGCACCAACCAGUAUUCGUACAUCUUCCAGCGCUGCGAGUCACCAGUUUCUACGGCCAUGGCUCCUGUGCCUCCUGCAGCUGUCCAGGUGGCGGGCACUGCUGUGGGAACUCCUGUUGCCAAUGCCAGGCUGUGCGAUGGUGAGCUGGAUGGCCCCGUUGGCCUCCCACUUUCAGCAGCUGCACCAGAUGUCAACCUGGUGGACGGUCGCGAUGCUGCGGCAGUUUCUUUGGACCCAGAGUGUGCAGACGUGUCACAAACCGAUGGACUCCCACAGCCUGGCCUUGCAGGUCUUCUAGUAGGGGAGAGGGAAGGAACAGAGGUCGAUGACGAUCCGCAACCCCACGUGGGCACCCCGCACCAGAUGUUGGCACCCUCGACCAUAUCGCCAUCCUCCCCACACCUCCUUGUAGGCCACCGUGUGGUGCUGAAGCCCAACCAGCGUCCAUUGUAUCCGAAAGCCAGCAGAGUGGCCGGUGACGUCCAGAGGAGAAGCCAGGCAGCCCAAGAAGAUCAGCCAGUCAAGGAGGAAGGCCAAGCCGCGGUGGGCGUGGAAGCGCCCUCCGGCGAGGCGUGCAUGGUGAAAGAACCGACGUUCCUUAAACCAUUGCAGUCUGUGACGAGCCCUGGUGAAUUGGGGGAUGGGGGAGCCCCGGACCAUGUGCCUGUGGCUGCAAGAGAUCGAAAAGGCGAGCCUCCGCCACUGGGUGGCCCACCCCAGAAAUGGCCCUCUGAGGAUGCAAAGGCAGGCCGCCUGCUGGAGGGGCUCCGGGAGGACUUCCACCAGAUGGUUGUGGACCCAGAUAACCUGGGCAUGAGCUUUGACGACCUGCCCUACCCCAUCGGCAAAGGCCUCAAGGAUCGCCUGCUGUACACUGCCUUCUUGCAUGUCAAGCGGCAGGUCUACACAUCCUUCGUAUCGGAGCUGCCCAGCAUGUCACCGCGGAUACUGCUCAGUGGGCCGUAUGGCUCAAGCAGGUGUCAGGAGGCUAUCGUGAGGGCCCUGGCACAUGAGGUUGGGUCCAAGGUGGUGGCGUAUGACAGAGCAUUGUUGGGACUCGAGUGCGAGCCCUGGGAUGAGACGGGAGAAGAAGCAGGUGGGGCAGGUGCUGCCGAUGAUGCUGAUGACAUCGAUUUCCUGGAUGAUUUGGAUGGAAAAACGCUGGGGGGCUCCUCAUCAGAGGCACUGUCUGUGCGACACCACCCCGCUGCGGGAGGCAACUCUUCUGUGGGCCACCGCAAGCGGAUACGGGGUGGGAUGGGGGGAUACGCAACGUCCACUGCCCCGAUCGGGCAUGCAGGCACGAAAGAAAAGGGCAAGGGGAAGUCGUCUCUCAAGAUAUUCAAGAAAGGCGACAGGGUGGUGUACACGGGAGCUGGCAGCCAUGCACAGCCAUUGGGUGUGGGCCUGCGCAGCGGCAGCAGCCAUUCAGCCCACCUUGUGGGCUUCUCCCAGUCUGUGCAGGGCUACCUUUGCAACCCUGGCAUCAUCAGCCGCAGUGGGCGAGACCAUGGGGCCACCAACACGAACCGUGGCCCCUGGUAUGGCUGCCCUGGCAAGGUUGUGCUGGUCUGGAAGGAAAACCCCAAGAAAGUGGGUGUGUGCUUCGAUUACGUCGUGCCUGGGGGUAUUGACCUGGGCCGGCUGUGUGAGGAGGGACACGGGUUCUUCUGCUCACCGCAGGACCUGAAACUGGAGGGCAGCGGGAGGGCCCAGGAGCAGGAGGCGCUGGUGAUCGACGCGCUGUUUGAUGUGGUCGGAGAACUCAGCACAAAGGGCCCAGUGACUUUGAUGCUCAAGGAUGUGGAGAAGUCCGUUGCAGGGUCGAGUGAGAGGUGCAGCCAUUUCAAAAGGCGCUUGGACGCCUUGCGUGGGCCCGUCCUGGUGGUUGGACUGCACACCGCAGAUGCUCGGAGGGACCGGCCCCAGGGGGGCCUGUUCUCACGACUGGGCCCCUCCCCCGGGGCGCUACUGGAGCUGGGGUUUCUGGACAGCCUGCGUUGGGAGGACAAGGCCAUUCAACGAUCAGAGUCCUCAAAGACAAUGAAGCUCCUCUCUCGCUUGCUGCCCAACCGUUGCACCCUCCACGCACCAUCCACAGAAGGUGCACUGGCUGGCUGGAAAAAGCUCAUCGAGCAUGAUGUUAAUCUGAUGCGUGAAGACUCCAACCGCCAGAAGAUUGCAGCAAUCCUGUCUCGGUGCACCGUGGAGUGCCCUGAGCUUGACUUGGUCGUCAUCCGGGACACGUCGCUCCGACAGGACAAUGCGGAACGGCUGGUAGGGCUGGCAGUAGCGCACUCGCUGAAGAAAAACGAGGAGCCUGAGCUGCAGGGAGGGCGGCUUGUGCUGCGAGCAGAGGACUUCCAGGCUGCGGCAGAAGUGUAUCGCAACCUGCAGACAGAGAUGAUGCCAUCGAGGCUGGGCCUAAAGGAGGUUGUGACGGAUAAUGAGUAUGAGAGGAGGCUGUUGGGCGAAGUGGUUCCUCCUGAGGAGGUUGGUGUUGGCUUUGAUGACAUAGGGGCACUGGAGAGUGUGAAGAGGACCCUGAAGGAGGUGGUGAUGCUGCCGCUGCAGCGGCCGGAGCUGUUUGCGCGUGGCCAGCUGCUCAAGCCAACAAAGGGCGUCCUCCUCUUUGGACCACCUGGGACGGGGAAGACCAUGCUUGCCAAGGCAGUGGCAGCAGAAUCAGGUGCAAACUUCAUCAAUGUGAGCGUGGCCACUGUAGCCUCCAAAUGGUUUGGAGAGGGUGAGAAAUAUGUGCGGGCGCUGUUCUCCCUUGCUCACAAGAUUGCCCCAAGCGUGAUCUUCAUAGAUGAAGUAGACUCCUUGUUGGGGCGGCGGGACAAGAAUGGUGAGCACGAGGCAAUGCGGAAGAUCAAGAAUGAGUUUAUGGCUGGCUGGGAUGGAUUGAAGACCAAGGAGAGCGACAGGGUGCUCGUCUUGGCUGCCACCAAUCGCCCAAUGGACCUGGACGAGGCCGUGAUCCGCAGAAUGCCGCGCCGCCUGCUUGUGGACCUCCCCAACCGGGACAACCGCGUGAAGAUCCUCAGCGUCAUCCUUCGCGAAGAGGAGCUGGAAUCUCGCUUCAGCUUCGACGAGCUGGCCACGAUGACGGAGGGCUACUCCGGAAGCGACCUGAAGAACAUGUGCCUGGCAGCAGCGUUCCAGCCGGUGCGGGACCACCUGGCGAAGGAGAAGGACGGGCAGGUGGAUGGUGCCAGAGACGGGAAAGAGGCUGCCGCGGCUGACAAGUCGGCAGGGCCAUCCACAUCCCAACAGGCAGCUGACGACGCCAUGGAGGAGGCAGAGGAGCGUAGGGCGGUUGAGAGCAGUGGCGAGGACAACAGGGGGAUGGUGGCCGAGUCCAGCGUGCCGAGGGGGGGUGAGGCAGGACAGGCAACAGUUCUGGCAUUGAAGCCAUCGGCGUCGGGGGGCGCCCGGGACGAUGCCGUCGCUGAGGGGCGGCAGCCGGCAGUGAAGUUGCGGUCGAUCACCAUGGGAGACUUCAGGGCGGCAAUGAAGGAGGUUGGCUCCAGCGUGUCUGCCGACGCCAUCAACAUGACAGAGCUGCGGCAGUGGAACGAGAUGUACGGGGAGGGCGGCAGCCGGCGAGAGACCUCUUUGCCAUACUUCCUUUAG